AUGGAGUUUGCUUAUAAUAUCAAUUACAAGGCUACCAUCGGCAUGUUGCCAUUUGAGGCGCUUUAUAGAAAGAGUUGCAAGUCUUCUAUUUGUUGGGAUGAGGUAGGACAGAGGAAGUUGCUAGGGCCUGAGCUAGUACAAAUCAUAAACGAGGCAAUACAGAAUAUUAGAGCUUGUAUGCGAACAACUCAGAGAAAACAGAAAAGUUAUGUCGAUGUUAGGUGUAAGGACCUACAAUUUGAAACUGGUGUUAAGAUGUCCUUAAAGGUAGCACCUAUGAGAGGUGUUCUGAGGUUUGGAAGAAAAGGAAAGCUAAGUUCGCAAUUCAUUGGACUUUUCGAGGUAACAGAUCCAUCACAUGUGGUGGAUUAUGAACCAUUAUGGUUAAAUGAGAUCUUGAGUUAUGAAGAGAAACCUGUAGAAGUUCUCACCAGAGAUGUGAAAAUGUUACACAGUAGGGAGAUAACACUUGUGAAGGUUAUGUGGCAGAAUCACCAGUUGAAGGAGGCUACGUGCUAG